AUGUGGUGUACAGAGGGUCAGAGAUUAUCGAACUCAAUACCACCAAAUCCUGUGCCUUUGGGUCAUUCCUGCUUUGUGGAUGCCCAGUGUCAAGCAGUGGUACAAAACACUACGUGUCAGACAGUGUGUGUCUGCGCUACUCACUUCGUUAUCAACGCUACAGCAAACGGUUGCAACUUCGAUUACGCAUCUUACGGGUUCACUUCAUACAAUGGUCGUCUAGUCUUCCACUUACCGGGUGUUUUGCUCCCUUAUUCAUGGGACUUUGCAUACCUCUUCUGUUCCGGGAUCUUCGCCAAGAUGUUCACACCUCGUGAUGCCUCAGAAUGGAACUGGAUGCAACAGAAAGCAAGUGGCGUCCUUGACAGCUAUGUAUUCUUCCCCAUCAAUGACAAGAGCCAGGAGGGCGUCCCCGUCUGGAAUAAUGGCACAGGUGAGACCAGUGUGAUAAUUGAGUUUUCUUAUGGAGUUGUGGGAAACAACGCCAUCCUGAACUGGGGCUCCGGUUCACCCAGUGCCACCAUGAACAUACUAAGCAGAUGUGUAUCCAUGAAGACUGCGGUCUACAUACCUCUCGUCAUCAACACACCUGCAUAUAUCUUCUUCACUGUGUGUGCCUUGCCAACCCCAAGUAAUUCAAUAAUAUGUGAGGCAUAA